AUUUAUGUAUUACCCGCGCUCUUUGCUUUAACGGUAUAAUGCGAUAACUAAUAUCCUCGCUCAUGAGAUUGAGGUCAUCUGUCCGCAGUAGGAGUCAGGUGGUGCGUCGGUGGCGCAGAGGUGGUUCGGGGUUCGAUUCCCGGCCGACGCACUCCCAAACCUCGCUUAGCUGGUAAUGAGCCUGGUAAAGAGGGAAGGUUAGGCGCGAGACUAGUAAUCCCAUCCCGUAAACAAAAUCAACACUGUUACCGAAACUUCAAAGCUCUAGCUUGAAGCCCUAUAUUCCACUGGGGACGUAAAGGAAUAAAAUAAAUCUUAAGGUGGUUAUUGCUGUUUUUUAUGCUAAUAGUUAUUUUUAGUACUUAGUUUGUACUGUGUUUCGACGAUGUAUUUCUUUUUUUUUGAAGCCCACUGAAUGCACGAAAGAUGUACAUGUUAGGUCAAGACCUCGUGUCAAAAGCGAUAUUUGUAAGGAGAAGACUGGUGGAAUCUUGAAAACCAAUACAUCGAAUUCCAAAGACUCCAUUCCAUUAACCAGCAAAAAUGAGUUGAUAAAAAAAUGUCAUACUAAGGGGAAACUGGACAGUAAAAUUCUUCCAUCUCAGGACCCGUAUCUUUUUAUGGAUGAUGAUGAUGAUGAUAAAGAGAAUAUCGAUCCGAAUAGUCGUAAACAGACAACUAAAAAGCGUGUUGCAAGAGCAAAAGUGGCUCAUUCAGUCAAACCUAGACCAAGGAAGCUUUUAUCACCAACACGACCAACAGGACGUGUUAAUCAGAUCAUGCGUCAAGAAAUGAAGCAGUUGUAUUCUCCUGAGCCAAAGAAAUUGUCAUGCGUAAUGAAUCCUCAGGUUGCUCUAACCCUCAUAGAUUUAAAUCGACGGAAUAAUCUUGAAAGCAGCUCUGCGAACUCUAACUCAACUCCUAAUGUUGAAAGUAAAAGUCUCCCAUCAAAUAUUACUGACAAAGUUGUUGUUGGUGGUGCUGUCAGCGUUCCUGAUACUCCCGAACAUCAGAAUAAUGUUUCUGUACGUACUCCGGAGGUAUCUGUUCCAGUUAUCCUAAAACAAGCAUUGGAUAAUUUAAAGCCACAUAUUUCUUCAACACCAGCAACUUCUAGUGGAACUGUCAUAUCACAUCCUGAGUUUGUUGUUACUCCAAUUAACUGUCCUGUGAAUAGCAAAAAUAUUGCUACAAAUGAUAAUAACUCUAAUCAAAUAACCGAUAAUCAAUCACAAAGCCAACCGAUAUCCACUUCAGAUACCUACACUAAUACGAGUGAAGAUAACUCUUCCUCUAAGGAUCGUAGCAAAGAAUCAACUUCAAGUAGUGGUCAACGACGUAAAAGGGAAUCAAAGAGUGAUAGGGAGAAAGCAUAUAAUUCAUGGUUAGACGAAUUCAACGCAGAACUUCAAAAGUAUGAAUCAUUUGAAUUAAGUAUAGAGAAGGAUACUACGACUUCGACAAAAGCUAAUCAUUAAUUAGUAUUGUUAUUUUUUAAAUAUUAUUUUAUAUCAUUCCUCAUUCAUUUGGAUAUAUAUACAUACAUAUUCAUUACUUUUACCUCUAUAUACAUACUACUUUUUAUAACCCCACUGACUGUCUGAUUAAUAUAUACGUGUACAUAUACAAUCUGUACUGAUUUUGUGUGCAUUUAUUUUCAUAAUAUGUAUAUCUUUGAUUAUAUCUAUCAUAAUUCAUAUACCUUAAA